UGUGUAGUGGUAACCACGAGAGCAAGAAUUAUAUAUGAGACAUUAUUGCCAGUAACAAAAACACGAGGUGGUAGUUUUACCUACAGUUAAGACAGAAAAAAGAAAAUAAACUCAUUUCCUCCAUUGAUGAAGGCAAUUGUGCUCCAGUUGUCAGGGUUCAAGCGACAAUGUCAGUCCACAGUUUAUCACCAGUACCCAGAAGCAGACUCAGUCCAAACAUGUCUGUUUGCCCCAAUUCAAGGUUAGCUGAUCUCGACUUGAAUGAGGGGCAUAGGCACAUUUUAACCAGUUCCUUCAGCUUGGAAUCAAAACAGUGUCUAGGUAAGGAAAUUCUUCCUCAGAUGUGCAAUACGAUUAGAAAAUUACAAAGAUCCAUUGACUCCGAAAGAAAACGGAACCAGAGAUUACGUUUAGCUCAGUCUAAGGAAUUACAUAUGAAAAGACAAACCUGGGAGAAAGAGAAAUGGCAGUGCUUACAUGAUCUUGAAGGAAUGUUGCUGGAAAACCAGCAGCUUGAACUGAAUCAGGUUAUUGAACGGCUUCGCAAGGAAAAAGAUAAUGAACUGAAUGAAAUCUUGAAAUACAAAGAUGAAGAGGUGAAGCAAUUGAAAAAAUUGUUUGUUCUUGAGAAAGAAGACUCCAUCCGAAUUGCUUUAGAGCUUGAAAAAUCUGAAAUAUUCGACACUGUAUACAAACAGGAUAUUGAGUGUUUGAAAAAGGAAAUCGAAUUUCUACAGUCUCAGAUUAAAUCUCUCGGUGACCAAUAUUAUAAUAAAUGUUUAGAAAAUGAUGAAUAUCAGCAACAGUUAAAUAAUAUUAAGGAGAGAAUUCAAACUGAAUUUCUGGAUAUUUUUCAAAGCAGCAAUAAGCUUGUCUCUCUUCGUUAUUUAGAGAAACUCAAAAGUCUUGAAAAAUUAAUAUUUGGAGAUAAAAGUAAUUCGUUUUUACUUGAACACAGUUUCGGCUCUCGCUCGAACUGUUUUGGAAAUCUGUCUGUGGGCGAAACUCCAAGAACUUGUGGAACAAUGAACAAAAGGCUUUUUGAAGAGAAGGAGAAACCCCUACAGAAGAAGGUAGGAGAACUUCAGUCUCAGGUUCUCAAACUUGAAAGGAAAACCAUGCUUCUGAAGAAUGAAAAUGAAUCAUUGAAAAGGAAACAAGAAGAUUACAAAUCUCGUGAAGAAAAGCUAAAGUCCUUCCGUAAGAGAAAUGCAGAAUUAGCAGCUGUUGCUCGAAGACUAGAGGACAAAGCAAAGAUUCUACAGCAGCAAAACCUCAAGAAAUCUGGUGAAAGCCAUGAUACAGAAUCAGUUAGAAAACAAUUUCAAAAACAGAGAGCACGAGAACAUGCUGAGUAUUCAAAGAGUUUAUUGGCGAAAGAGAAAGAAAUUGAAGAAUUAAAAAGGCAAUACCAGAUAUUAGCAGAAAAAAUUAGCUCCAUGUCAAAACAACUUCCACAGAAUUCUCGUCUUUAUGAAGAUCAAGAAGAACUCGAAGCAAUUAUUAAGCAAGCUGCCAAAGAGAGGCUCCAUUUAGAAAAACAGUUAGUCAGGACAAAAAUGUCAGUCUCUUCUCAGGUGAAUUCCUGUGACAUCAGCCAAGAGAAUGGAAAAACUAAUAUUUCCCUUGACAUUCAAAAGGAAAAACUUCAGCAAUCCUUUAAACAGUUGGCAGAGCUGGAACAAAAUAACAAAGAGCUCCAAUCAGAGAUUUCCCUCCUUAAGGACUCUUCGAAGACCAAACAACUGGAAUCGGAGUUGUUGGAUACAACAUUAAAAAAUAACCAACUUGAAGAAAACGUUGAACGACUAGAAAUGAAGCUCCAAGAAUCUGAAUCGGUUAGUGAAGAAUGUACAACGCUGAAGCUAAGCUUGAAGCAACAAGAGCAAGAAUGUGAAAUAGCCAAGGAAAAGAUUGCUUCACUGGAGGCUAAAAUUUCUUCCCUUCAGCAAAUUAUAAAGGAUCUUCAGAAAUCUGAUGAGCAGUUGAAAAUCCUUGAUGCUGAACAUAAACAGACUUUGCAGAGACUGUCGAUGAAAAAUGAAGAAAUUCAAAAAAUGGAUGAAGCUAAAAAUGUGAUAGAGCAUCAACAUAACGACACAAUUGAAACACUAAAGUCACAGCUAGGACAACUGGAGCACAAAUACCGGAUGCAAGAAUUGAAGCAAGAGGAAUUGAACAUAGAGUUGACAAUGUUACGAGAUCAAAGGCAAGCAGCUAUCAAUGCCCCCAAAUCAGAUAAAAGCAGUCUUUCUCAAGAAUCUAUCCUUGUUGAACCCCCAGACCAAAGAACGCCUCACAACAUGAGUAAACCACCUGGACGUCUGCUAGCAGACAGCCGUUUACCUGCAAUGGUUGGAUCAGGCCAGGUCCAGGUGUACAUUGCCAAGUAUAACUAUGAUCCUUUCCAAUUCUCACCUAACGAAAACCCUGAAACAGAACUGGCCCUUAAUUCAGGCGAUUACGUUUUUAUCAAUGGAGAGAUGGAUGAGGAUGGAUUUUUUGAAGGAGAACUGAUUAAUGGAAGUAAGGGUCUUGUUCCAUCCAAUUUUGUUGAAAAAGUUCCAGAUGUAGACUUGAUUGACUUUUCUUCCAUCUUGGUUGCCUCGGGGCACCACUCCGAUGAGAGUGUCCUCAGCGGCCUCAGUACACAGCCAGACCUGGAUUUCAAUAGCAGCGAUGAAUCAGAGAAAUUAUCAGCAAUAAUGAAACCUCCAGUUCUAUUUCCAGAUGAUAAAGUACCAUUUUCAAACCUUGACUCAUUGAUUGAUCUUGGAGAUAUUGAAGAAGUAGAUGAAGAUUCUCAUUCAAAGCUUUUGGGGCUCACAGAUUAUUCUAAUUUUGAUAAAGGAACAGUAACAAUCUUCCCUCACAAGUUGAACCUGGAUCGUCAGUUAACUAACAGCGUGUUGAUAUCAUGGGUAGCCCCAGAAGUCGACCGGAAUGUAGAAAUAAUUUGCUAUCAGGUGUUUGUUGACAAUAAAUUUAAGAUCUCAGUGAAAAGGAAUGAAAGAACGAAAGCUUUAUUAGAAGACAUUGAUUCCAAAAAGACUUGUCGAGUCUGUGUAUUAUGUUUAACGACACUCGGCAGAUCAGCGCCACAACAGUGUACAAUGUUAGUUGGUAAAGAUGUUAUUCCAGUUCCUUCCGAUUUGAAAGUCAGUCAUAUAUCAGCUAAUGGUGCAGUCCUUUCUUGGUUGCCUGGCAACAGUAAUUACCAACAUGUCAUCUGUGUCAACGAGCAGGAAGUACGGGUUGUGAACCCUGGAGUUUAUGAAUAUAUUUUGACAGGCCUAACUCCAGCUACAUCACAUACAGUCUCUGUUCGAGCCAAAAGUCUUCUGUCUAAUUUUGAGGAAGAACGCAGUGACGAAAGGAAAGAACAACUCACAGAACGGAUAGAAUUUAAAACUUUAGCUGGAGGUUUACCUGAUCCUCCCCUUGAUGUUCAAGUCGAAGUGGGACCACAAGAAGGUACUGUCCUGCUAACAUGGCUUCCGGUAACAAUCAAUGCAUCUGGAAUUUCUCCAUCUGGCAUCAUCAAAGGUUAUGUCAUAUAUGCUGAUGGCAAAAAGUUAAAGGAAGUCAACGGUCCAAUAAAUGAUCACAUAUUACUCACGAGCAACGAUUGUUGUGGUCGCAUGCCUGAUCGAUUAACUGUACGCACAUUGGCAGAUAACAACGAGGAAUCUGUCGACUCUCAAGGGGUGAUUUUACCGCCAAAUCUUCUCAAGGAAAUGGCUGCCAAAACAGCUAAAAACAUUGCCUACGAAGCAGUUGCAGCUAGGAAGUCAAACUCUUACAGUGAAAAAUAUGAGGAAUAUACCAAUGACACUGAUGAGGAAAUUGAAGCUGCAUUUAGAGCAUGCUCCGACAUGGAGGCUGGAGCCAGUACAAAGAAGGCUGCACGCAUUAACAUAUUCUCUGGGCAUGAGCGUGGUAGUAGUGGCUCCGAACUUUCGGACAUUGCCGAGGUUGACGAAGAGCCAGAGGGCGACACCACACUGGCGCCGCUGGUUGGUUAUGGCACAGGACCUGCGAACAGCUAUUCUAAUGGAAUUAAGGUUCCACCAGACAGAUCUGCAUUCCAUUCUCCAGUUCGAAGACCAUCCAGUAAAGCUAGUGAUAGAAGAUCUUCACAACAUGGUAUGACCAUUCCUGCUAUAGAAAUAACAAGAGACAGUAGUACAGAAAGAGGCAAUUCGUUUGAGGAUGAGGAAGAACCAAAUUUACAGAAGAGAAAAUCCAUAGAAGACAAAACGAAAGGAUUCUCACGUAAAAAAAUAGAUGAAGUCGACUGCUCUUUUACAUCUCCCAACAACAGUUCAAUACCCAAACAGAAAGACAACCCUAUAGAAAAAUGUUCAGCAAAUUCGAGUCAGCGAUGGCGGACAGAAAUCAUACCUGACCGAAUAUUAGGCUCUCCCAAUUCAGUUAAGGUCAGACCGAGCAGUUCGUGUCAGGACUCCGAUAUAUAUUAUGAAGACAACAGUAACGUCCGACGAGGAAUUGACAGUUCGAUGCGGUUAUUUGUAGCCUUGUUUGAUUAUGACCCCGCUGUCAUGUCACCUAACGCAGACGGAUCAGAUGCAGAGCUUCCGUUCCAAGAGGGAGAUUUUAUCAAGAUAUUUGGCGAUUGUGGUGCCGAUGGAUUUUACAGAGGAGAAGCAAACGGCAAGCUUGGUUACGUACCUGGCAACAUGGUUACUGAGGUGAAGGUCAGGGACCCUGAUGUGGUGCAGCAGCUGUUAAAAGACAAUACCAGCACGUCCAGUGGAGAGAGCAGUAGUACUCCUGCCAAAGAAAAUUUUCUUUCCAAAUCACUAUACAGAAGCGCUGACCUCACGAACUCUGGCCUAGGCCCCGGCAAACUUAUGGUUGCUCUUUACGACUAUGACCCUCGGGAGCUCUCACCUAAUGUCGAUGCUGAGGUGGAACUGGCAUUCAAAGUUGGAGAUUUUAUUACAAUCUAUGGCGACAUGGAUGAUGAUGGUUUCUUUAUCGGUGAAAUGAAAGGACGAAAAGGUUUGGUGCCUUCUAACUUCAUUCGAGCAGCUACCAUGUCUACCGAAGAACUCCACAGGGACAUUGAUGUUCGAGAUGAAGCACGGGAUGAUUCCCACAGGAAAUCCAAAUUGUCACUGAAAAUUGAGCCAGAAUUAAACAGAAUUCCUGGCAUGGGAAGCAAGUCGCUGUCUGAAUGUAAACUUGAUGGAGGCGUCCGCCCAGCUUCUGCUCCUCACUCUGAUGAAGAUCGGAAGACCAAACGCAAGGGAGGCCUGUCUUCGGCUCAUAGCAUGAGUUCUAUGGGAGCUGGACUCCUUUCUAAAGGGAAGAACAUUUUCAAAAAGUUUACCAGAUAAUACACAACAGUUCCUCUUAAAGUGACAAUGAAACAAAUCUGGAAAAAGAAAGAGAUUAAAAACAAACAAACAACAAUAACAACAAAUGGAAUACGAAAUAAAACAUAACAAAACCCGGCAAAAAACACACCAAUUACAGUUGGUUUACCUGCCAAAUAUCUUGAUCUUGGUAAUGAAGCAGAACAUGGAAAUUCCAUGUCAUAUUAUUACAACAACUACUACUACUACUACUAACAAGACAAGUGUAAAAAUAAAACGGAGCUGGAUGAAGCCAUUGAAUCAAUGGUAUAACAGCUUAAAUAUGAUCUUUUGGGGUUUUUUUUUUUUUUUUUUGUUUUCUUCAACUUCAACUGACCAAAACAUCAAAGAGAUUGUCCUUUAUUUUAUAAUUUAUUUAUAUUUUUGCUCAGUGCCAUCUUCACGGACACAUACACACCCACGCAGAUGGGAAUUGAAUUGCUAAAAGAAACAGAUUAUAAAAGAAAACAAAAAAAAAGGCAGAAAGACUGAGAAUUGGAUUUUUUUUUUUUAUUUACUGAUUCGAAAAAUGAAGAUUUUUGAAUAAACUUUCAAAUUCCUAAAUAAAUUGGUGUGAAUGUGGUGGUGGGUUUGAUCCAGCAGUGAUAUGCGAUUCAGAAAAAUUAUCUGAAUAAACUGAAUAAGGAAAGAAAUGAAAAAAGCAGGGGUUGCAUUUUCCAGCCCCUUAUCUUCUCCCCAUGGUGGAUGCCUGAGCAAAAACUACUAAUUUGAAACCAAAAGCCUACCAGAUAAUUUCUUCGAUAACGAAAUCGCCGAAGGUUGAAGAGACGAUGAUGAUGACAAUGACGAUGAUA